ACUUUUCAGCAGCUAUCUACCAUUAGAUAAGAAACAUGGCGUCAGGCUACCCAGUCACACAACAGCCCGGGUAUGGAGGUUACCCCCCUCAGGGACAAGGGUACCCACCCCCUCAGCAAGGGUACCCCCCUGGCUAUGGAGGACCACAGGUGGCUCAAGUCGCGGCGCCGCAGAUGGCGGCAGGCCCGGGGCAGGUGUGGAUGCAGGCCCCCCGUGCACCUGUAGGCUGUCCGCCAGGCUUGGAGUACCUGGCACAGAUCGACCAGUUGCUGGUAAAACAACAGGUGGAACUUCUGGAGGCCUUUGUUGGUAUAGAAGGGAACAACAAGUACAAGAUCAAGAACUCCAUGGGACAGAAGGUGUACUUCGCGGCGGAGAAGAACGACUGCUGCUCCCGCCAGUGCUGUGGGAACGUCCGGUCGUUUGAGAUGAAGGUGUACGACAACAACAAACAGGAGGUCAUCCACUUCAGCCGGCCGCUGCGAUGUAUGAACUGUUGGGCCGUCUGUUGUCUUCAGGAGUUGGAGGUGCAGGCCCCACCAGGCACCACGGUAGGGUGGGUGAAGCAGAGCUGGCACCCUUACCUGCCCAAGUUCACGGUGGAGGACGCCUCGGGACAGACCGUGCUGGUGAUAGAAGGCCCGUGUCUCAGCUGCUCGUUCUGCGGAGAUGUGGACUUCAAGGUUCUGUCAGCGGACGGAGAUCAAAAGGUGGGGAAGAUCUCCAAACAGUGGAGCGGGCUGCUGAAGGAGGCCUUCACAGACGCAGACAACCUCGGCAUCGAGUUCCCCAUGGACUUGGACGUGAAAGUCAAGGCUACGCUCCUGGGUGCGCUCUUCCUCAUCGACUUCAUGUUCUUCGAGCAGGUCGGAGACGAUGAGCAGAGGUCGUCCAUUCUGUUUUAGAAUCUUUGUUUGGUGUCGUUGAAAAGAUGCAUCAGUCACGUAUUGUCGACGACUGCCAGUGCGUCUUAAUCACGGAGAGUGACCUAGUCUCGUGUUCUCUCGCGAGAUCGAGAAUAGGUCACUCUCCGUAAUCAAGACGAACUAUCAGUCGUCGAAAAUUUGUAGGUAUGUACCUUACCUUUAAAAACAGGCAUUGCUUGAAGAAAAUUUGGAUUAACUUUGUUUGGUGUGCCAUUACGUACUAGGACAUGUGAAAAAGGCAUUCUUGUUGCAAAACAAGAAAGCAACAAGAAAGGCAACAUUUUUGCAAAAAUGCAGAAUGUUUUCCCUCUAGCCUUGUGUCAAGCUACUAGCAUGCAAUACUAUACCAUCAGGCUUGCCUCUAAGUAGUGUGACAGUGUAGAUGUUGAAAUAAGAAUUGAGGAUAUGAAUGGGGGAGAUCUGACGAGAUAGACAGCCCAGUCUUUUCUGUAAACCUUUUCUGCUAGGAGGAAGAAAGAAAAGAAUGCACCAGCAUUUCUUCUUUGGGAAAACAUAGAUAUAGAAGAUCAAAUUCUAUAUGACUUACGCAAAUUGUUCACAAAAUGGACCCCUGUCUACUAAUACGUCGUGGAUAUGACGUCAGUGCCAUGUGGCUGCAACAACUGUUCGUAAGUGCCAGAUAAUCUGUGUCGCCCCCCGUCUCUUUUCGAUGACGGACGGUUAGCUUGAAUUUUCAAUGCUUUCUUCACUCUUAUGCAAGAUGAUCCGGCACCGAAUCUAAGGAUUUUGACUUGUUCUCAGUAUUGGUCUUGUAAGCUUAGUAUAUACGUAUUCAUUCAUACUAAUGCAAUUUACAAACAUAGAAUCUGAUGUACUUUCAUGCUACGUAGGCAAAUAUGUAUAUAGACUUGGACAGACAAAUCCGUCGACACAUUCAGAAGUCAGAGAAUCAGAGUACAGCAAGGUGAAUUUAAAGACAAAAUGAAUAGAUCACUUAUUUACAGAAAUAACUGUAUUUUGUAUGGAGACCUUUUUAGUUCAGAAUAUAGUGCUAAUAAUACUAAAUCAUCUGUGGAAAUCUUUUACAGUCGUGGUAUAGGAGAAUAUUAGAUUCUGAAUCGAAGAGUUUUGUAACAAUUUAACACAAGGUGUAAAAAAUAAAGGUCGUGUUUUGGUGAAAAA